AAGAAAUAGUGCCACGUGACCGGAAGUGUACAUAUUGGCGGACAAGUUUGAAAACUGUAAACAAGAGGCGACGCAUUUGAGAUUUGAUGACUUUCUUUCGUCAGUAAACAGAUCACAAUGCCUCAGAUGACCCUCCUGGACGUGUUUGACCAGUGCCAAGAUGGAAUGCAGUGUCACAACCGACUCCUCAAGUCCAUGGCAAAGAUAUAUCAAUCAAUGGAGUUUGAUGCCUUCUGGUCCGAGUUUGUCCACUACCUGAAAUACUCCAUGAUAGUGUUCAAGCGAGAGGCUGCUGUUGAGAGGACCAUUGACUUUGUUGCCAAGUUUUCUGUCUCCACCACGAAACGGCAGGAUCAGCAACAAGAGGGGACAGGAGACAAGGGAGAAGAGGACGCAGCAAAGUUGAAGGAUGAAUCUAACAAGUUCCUGCUGACUAUACUGGAGUUCCUGUUACAGUCACACAGUGCGAAAGAGAGGGGAGUUCGAUUUCGCUGUUGUCAGUUAAUCAACAAGCUGCUGAGUAACCUAGGAGAUGAGGCUCAGAUCGAUGACGAUCUGUAUGACAAGAUCUACACAUCCAUGUUGGAACGGCUGCGGGACAAGGUCCCUGUUGUCAGGAUGCACGCUGUGUUGGCGCUGUCGAGGCUUCAGGACCCAACCGAUGAAAACUGUCCUGUCAUUAAAGCAUACCUCUUCUUGAUUAGUCGCGACCCCAACCCUGACGUCCGUCGAGCUGUCCUCUCAUGCAUUGCCCCCUCCACCAAGACCCUGAUGGCGGUCAUUGAGCGGACACGUGAUGUGAAGGACACUGUGAGACGUGUGGCAUACAAUGUCGUAGCGGAGAAGAUCCACAUCAAGGCUCUGUCCAUUGCCCAGAGAAUACAGCUCCUGCAGGAUGGCCUCAGCGACAGAGCAGACAUGGUGAAGGAGGCAUGUGCUACCAAGCUGCUACAGGCAUGGCUGCUACAGUUCCAGGGCAGUGCGCUACAGCUGCUACAGAGUCUCGAUGUAGAGCAGUCAGCCGAUGUCUGUCAGCAGGUGCUCUACAAGCUGUUUGAAAAGGUCCCCGUGGAGGAGAUUGUGGACAACUUUGACCUGCUGGGCGAAGAGACCCUGAUCUCUGAUGACAAGCUGACGUGUGAGAGUGCCAUGUACUGGCGGGUGUUGUGUCAGUUCGUGCAGGAGAAGGGCGUCACAUACGAGGAACAGCUGGAUAAAGUCCUGCCAUCCUGUAUUGUACUGUGCAAAUAUGUCAGAAACAGGUUUCUGGAGAAACUGACAGGCUGCGGAGAUGACUUUGACAGACAGCUGGAGCUCGAAUACAUAGGACAGCAGAUCCUCUCUCUCUUCAAGUACAUGGACCUGUCGGAUCAGGCUGGUCGGCGUGAGCUGGAGAAGCUGCUCCACGACAUGAUGAUCUGCGACCACGUGAGUCACGCCUUGAUGAAGUACAUCAUUUCCACACUUCACCUGGUGAAGACAAACACAGACACGCUGGUGGCCUACCUGGCCGAGACCAUCUCCGAAAUACGGGAGCCAAUCACCAUCGUGGAGAAAACACUGGACAAAGAUGAGAGGCGGCAGUUGGACCUGAAGAUCGCCAGUAUCCGGGUGCGACUGAACCAAGCUAAGGAAGAGCUGGAGGAAUGUGUGAGAUGUCAGGAGUUUGCUCAAGCUGCGGAGCUGAAGAGUUCUGUAGCUGAGCUGGAUGCUGAGCGAUCCUUACUCCUGGAACAGGGAGAGCCCCAAUCACAGGAGAUACGCACAGAGAAGAGUGAUCCCUUCACCAUCCUGAAGUGCCUGACUGUUAUCAGUGAACUGCUGACUCAGCUGCCCGUGAAGACACUAACGCCUACUCUGCACAUGUUGCUGGAGAGCCAGGUGCUGCCUGGGGUACAGAAUGCUGAAUCUGACGUACGUAAUGCUGCCAUCAAGGCUCUGGGACUCAGCUGUCUACUCAAGGAAGAGGUGGUUAUGCAGUACCUGCCGCUGCUCAUAGAGGUGUCCCAACAUGACACGGAGACGGUGAAGACCACGGCUCUCCAAUGCUUGUUUGACCUGGUCCACAUGUUCGGACUGGGCAUCACACGACAGGAAGCUUCGACAGCAGCUGAGGGGAGCAACACCAGCUCCAGUUCCGACAUGGCAGAGGUUACUGCAGAUUCCCCAGAUGACACUCUGGCCGAUGCCGUUACCACCAGCUCAAAGAAAUCUGAUGCCUCUGCAGACAUUGCUACCAAGCUGGUGGCCAUUCUCAGUGCCUUCCUUGAUUCAGAGAGUUCAGAGUUGAGGACCGUUGCUGCUGAGGGUAUGGCCAAGUUGCUGCUGUCUGGCAGAGUGGUAUCUUCCAAACUCCUGUCUCACCUCCUAUUGUUGUGGUAUAACCCACUGACAGAAGAUGACAACCACCUCAGGCACUGUCUCGGAGCCUUCUUGCCAGUGUUUGCCUUCGCUUGCAGGGCUAACCAGGAGUUGUUUGAGGAGGCGUUCAUGCCUACACUGAACACCCUGCUGAAUGCCCCAACAUCCAGCCCCCUCAACGAGGUCAACGUAGGCAACGUGGGAGACUUCCUGGUCCAGCUUGUCAACUCCAAACUCCUGGUGGUCAACCAGAACUCACAGAGUCUGGUCACUGACAACCCAGGACAUGACCACAUAGCUGUGCUAGUGUGUAACGCGAUCCUGUCCAGCCCUGACUCCUUCAGCGUGAAGCUGUGGACACGCCUCCUGAACCAGCUGGACCUGAGCCCCGACACACAACUCAAGGACAUGCAGGUGCUCUGUGACCAGAUGCUGGAGGUUGUGAAAGAAAAGCAGAGUGUCAAAGCUGUGGAGAGGUUCAAGGCCUCUGUUGAGUCCAUGCUGGCAGACAAGACCAGCAUCACCAAUGCUGAUGCUGCGCCAACAUCUGAAGAAGCAGAGGGCGGUGAGGACACUGCGGUUGACGCCAGCGGUGCCGUGACUGAAUCACACGGACCCCUCUCAUCUUCACAGACCAGCACUGUUCCAGACUCCCAAGACACUGUCGCUACUAGUGUGGACAUCACCAGUGUGGCGUCCGACUCCCAGAGCUCUGAUAUAGCUAUAAGUGUUGUUGACACUCUGUCAGACUCACAGAGCACUCAGGUGGAGAAUUCCAGCCAAGGGGAGGCAACUGGAACUGUUACACCUGCUCUAAACACUACAAUAGAAAACACGGCUGCAUCUACGAAGAAUGUGAAAGUCAAGCGUACAACAAGAGCCAAGUCAGUGAAAACGCCCGCCCCAAUCCUGAUGCCACAGGCCAACAAGACAGCCAAGUCAACAACAGGCCGACGCACACGGACACAAGCUCAAGCAGACAGCGAGCUAGAGAACAGUGUGUUUGGCUCUCCAACCCCACUCCGUGGCAGCAAGGCUAAUGUUAAACAGGUUGAAUCACUGGAGCACACUAGGCGAAAUCUGCAGGGUCUUCUACUGGAAGGAAAAGACAGUUCCCAGUCUGUAACUGAAGAACCCAAAACUCCUCGCAGUAAACGGGCUGGUAUUCGAUCACAGAAGCGACCAGCACUCACAGACGUAAAUGGAGACUGAACCUGCUAGAACAAGACUAUCACAACCAUUGCAAAAUCCCCACCAUAAUAGCCUACGAGUGUUCACUGACAUUGACUUGAUUGUGCUGUGAGACUGGACACCUUCAGCCAUUGCCAACAUCAGGAAACACCAAUUGGAUCAGACUGAGUGACUGCUGCUCUUCCUUCAGAUCAGCAUUGAGAAUUCUAAGGACUAUCAUCUGUCUUGUUCCUUCCUGUUCUAUUUCACUUCUAAUCAUUGAUAUUGUUUAUCAUUUGUGCAUACUUUGUCCUUCAGUAAUGUCAUGAACAAUAAAAUUACUUGAAUUAUU